ACAUUUUAGUAUUAAAAGCCCGUCGCUGGCGCGCGGGGCAUGUUAGCGAAUUUUAACACGUAACGAACAUAGCCGGCACUGUUUUGAGGCUUUAACUUGUGUUGUAUAUUGACCGAGGAACGAACCCUUAACUGUCUGACGGCCUGCAGGGCCAACACCUGCGCCAUGGGGCGGGGGUUACAAUUUUGUACUUUGGCGUUGCUGGUCAUAACAGUGAUCAGCGGGGAAUCUCCAAAGAACGUCACAAAGGCGGACAUAGAAAAAUUUAUACGACAGGGCCGUCAGUACGAUCAAACGUAUCCCAACGACAAUGAAGUUGUAGUCGAUAUACAAGACGAUGAGAAAAAGCAAUACUAUGAAACCAACUACGAUACAAGUGCAUACGGCUUUGGAUACGACGUCGGGCCGAACGGCCAGUUCCACCACGAGAACCGCGGCCCGGACGGAGUGACAUACGGUUGCUAUGGUUAUGUUGACCCUGACGGCUAUCUACGUGCCACGCACUACGUCGCCGACAGCCACGGAUACCGCGUGGUUGAGCCGGAGAAGCCAGUCGAAGUUUUCCCAGAUGAGAAGCAUGAAUACGAUGAAAACUACGUAUCUGGAUCAACACCACCGAUACCUGGGCAAACGAUACCUUGGGAGAAGCUGUACUUCCCGAAAGGUUGCGGGCGUACACCGGGUGGUGUGCCCCCAAGGCCGCCACCGAAACCGACUCGCCCACCACCCACCGUAGCACCGCGCCCUCCACCCGACAGCGCCGGACAGACUAGCAACCCUAAACCAGGAGUUUUGCCACCAGGUGGAGGCGCGUCAAAUGGACCUAAUGGCCCAUACGGUCCCGGUUAUUACCCGGGAACUCCUGGCUCCCCAGGAACACCGGGCACUCCCGGUACUCCAGGCACUCCCGGCACACCGGGCAGUCCAGGCUCUCCAGGAACUCCAGGCGGACCUGGUGGACCAGGCGGUCCUGGAGGCCCCAAUGGAGUUUAUGGACCGAGUGGACAAGGAGGCAACAACGGCCCUUACGGACCGAGUGGUCCUAAUGGACCAUAUGGUCCUGGAGGUCCGAACGGUCCUGGAGGACCCAAUGGACCAAAUGGUCCUGGAGGACCCAAUGGACCAGGAGGGCAAGGAGGUUAUUACCCAGGCACACCAGGAACACCAGGCAGCCCAGGAAGUCCUGGCGGACCAGGCGGCCCCGGCGGUCCAGGAGGACCAGGUGGACCAGGCGGUCCCGGCGGCCCGGGUUCAGGCUCGGGAGGCAGUUACUACCCAGGCAAUGGACAAGGUCAAGGUAGUCCUGGAUCAGGAGGAUCGGGAUCAGGGCCCGGCUCAGGCGGUGGAUACUAUCCAGGCGGUGGACAAGGACAAGGACCCAGUGGACCAGGUGGAUCUGGUGGAGGAUACUACCCAGGCGGCGGACAAGGACAAGGUGGACCAGGCUCGGGGGGCGGAUAUUAUCCAGGCAGUGAACAAGGUCAAGGAGGUUACUAUCCGGGUACCCCAGGAUCGCCAGGGACACCAGGUACCCCAGGCAGCCCAGGAACUCCCGGUAGCCCAGGUGGCCCCGGAGGACCCGGUGGUCCAGGCGGACCUGGCACUGCUGGCGGAUCCGGAAGUCCCAGUGGACCUGGAGGCCCCAACGGCCCUGGAGGCCCCAACGGCCCUAGUGGUCCCGGUGGCCCCAGUGGACCCAGUGGUCCUAGCGGUCCCAAUGGCGGUUAUUAUCCAGGACAAGGUGGUUACUACCCUGGUACACCUGGUACCCCGGGAACUCCAGGACAACAAGGCCAACCAGGUCAAACAGGCUACCCAGGAAAACCAAGUCAACCAGGAACUCCAGGGCAACCAGGACAACCUGGCACUGCGGGACAACCGGGAAGUCCAGGCUACCCAGGACAACCGGGUCAACCAGGACAACCGGGUCAACCAGGACAACCAGGCUACCCAGGACAACCAGGACAACCUGGCACUGCGGGACAACCAGGUAGUCCAGGCUACCCAGGACAACCGGGUCAACCAGGACAGCCGGGGCAACCAGGACAACCUGGCACUGCGGGACAACCGGGUCAACCAGGCUACCCAGGACAACCGGGUCAACCAGGACAGCCGGGUCAACCAGGACAACCAGGCUACCCAGGACAACCAGGCCAACCAGGCUACCCAGGACAACCAGGCUACCCAGGACAACCAGGCUACCCAGGACAACCAGGCUACCCAGGGCAACCAGGCCAAUCAGGACAACCAGGCCAAUCAGGACAACCAGACCAACCAGGACAGCAAGGCCAACCAGGUCAACCAGGCACACCAGGACAACCUGGCACUGCGGGACAACCGGGCAGUCCAGGCUACCCAGGACAACCGGGUCAACCAGGACAACCAGGCUACCCAGGACAACCAGGACAACCAGGCUACCCAGGACAACCAGGCCAACCAGGACAACAAGGCUACCCAGGACAACCGGGUCAACCAGGACAACCAGGGACUCCAGGACAGCCAGGUCAACAAGGCUACCCAGGGCAACCAGGACAACCAGGCACUGCAGGACAACCAGGAUCUCCAGGAACUCCAGGACAGGCAGGUCAACAAGGCUACCCAGGGCAACCAGGUCAACCAGGAUACCCACAAAAGCCUGGACAGCAAAGCACCACAGGACAACCUGGCGGACCUGUAUAUCCAGGACAACCAGGAACUCCAGGACAACCGGGUCAACCAGGACAACCAGGUACUCCAGGUCAACCAGGAACUCCAGGACAGCCAGGUCAACAAGGCUACCCAGGGCAACCAGGACAACCAGGCACACCAGGACAACCUGGCACUGCGGGACAACCGGGCGGUCCAGGCUACCCAGGACAACCGGGUCAACCAGGACAACCGGGUCAACCGGGUCAACCAGGACAACCAGGCUACCCAGGACAACCAGGACAACCAGGCUACCCAGGACAACCAGGCUACCCAGGACAACCGGGUCAACCAGGACAACCAGGCCAACCAGGACAGCAAGGCCAACCAGGUCAAACAGGCUACCCAGGACAGCCGGGUCAACCAGGACAACCAGGCACAACAGGUCAACCAGGAUCCCCAGGACAGCCAGGCACGCCAGGUCAACCAGGAUCUCCAGGACAACCAGGACAACCGGGUCAACCAGGACAACCAGGCAUGCCAGGUCAACAAGGCUACCCGGGACAACCAGGACAGCAAGGUCAACCAGGCCAGCCCGGAUACCCUGGUUCAACAGAAGGCGGUGACUCAGUUGGACAACCUUCAGGAACCGGAGUGCAACCACCAGUAUACGCCCCUGUAAAUCAGAUGCCUCCAUUCCCUAUAUACGUCAUACCGUACCCUCUGCCCAUUGUGCCAAGUCCUUCAUCGUGCCCGUGCUAUUUGCUGCAGCCAGGAAAGAAUGACUCGACGGCAGUGUCUCAGCAACAAGGCCAAGGUUACCCGGUAAAUCAGGGAUACGCUCCAUACGGUAUUAUAGGAUUUAUACCCGUGGUGUUUGUACCGAGCUGCCCAGGCAAUGCAACAGAUAUGCAAACCGCGCAACAAAAUUUCCCAUCUGCAGUACCUGUGCCGUACAACUGCGCCCAGUGCCAAGCGAAUAGGGGCCUUUAUAGAUACCGUGGAAGACUAAACGGCGCACGUAACGUAAACGACCUGAAAAUGAACGACAUCAAAUUAAACGAUUUACGUGAAAUCCGUACUUUAUCGGAACUGGAAACUCUUUUGAAAGAUCAAAUAAAACCAACAAGCCAUCCAGCUAUGCAGCCACUUGUCAAGACAACUAGUACGACGUCGGACCAACAAGAUAUUAAGUCGGACAGCAAGCUAGCUAGUGAGUCGGCCAGCAAGCCAAACAGUGAGCCUGCGAGCAAAAUAGACAGUGAGCCAGCCAGCAAGCCACUCAGCAACGUACCCAGUGAACCAAACAGCCGUGCAAGGAAAAUAGCUUUACGUCGCAAACUAAUUAAAGAUGUUAAGUCAGCUAAAACUGUCACGGCAUUAAGUUAAUGUAUGAAAAAUAAAUUAUUAAAAAUAUUAAGUUUGGUAAUAGGGAGAGUAAAGUGAUAAAACGCGUAAAUAAAUUUUGAGACUGUCUGAUAAUUUACCUUGGACGAUCUCAAAAUUGUAUCAUUUACAUAUUUAUUGAACAAAAUUACGUUUAAUAAAUAAAAAGAUGGAUCGAAUUAUGUAAUAUACUUAUGUAUGUAUUAACAAAAAUGUGUUACAUGGUGGUACCAUAUUAUGUUUUAUAUUUUAAUACUUUCGACACGGACCUUUUGUAAUUAUCGAAUAAUAAAUAAAUAAAUAAAAAUA